AUGGUGGACGCCUGCCCGCCCAUCCCGGGACCCGCGGCGGGCCCAGCCCGCCAGUCCCAGGACACGUGGCGGACGCCUGCCCACCCGUCCCGGGAACCCGCAGCGGGCACGACCCACCCGUUGCGUGACGCAUGGAGAAUGCCAGCCCGCCCUUCCCAGGACCCGCUACGGGCCCGCCCCGCCCGUCCCAGGACCAGUGGCGGACGCCUGCCCGCCCGUCCCGGGACCAGUGUCGGCCGCCUGCCCACCCGUCCCGGGACCCGCAGCGGGCCCGGCCCACCCAUCCUAGGACCAGUGGUGGACGCCUGCCCACCUGUCCCGGGACCCGCGGCAGGCCCGGCCCGCCCGUCCCGGGACCAGUGGUGGAUGCCUGCCGCCCGUCCCCGGGACCAGUGGCGACACCUGCCCGCCCCCCGGGACCAGUGGCGGACACCUGCCCGCCCGUCCCGGGACCAGUGGCGGACACCUACCCGCCCGUCCCGGCACCCGCGGUGGGCCCGGGACUUGUGGCGGAUGCCUGCCCGCCCUUCCCGACCCGGGCCCGCGGCGGGCGGGGCCCGCCCGUCCCGGGACGAGUGGCAGACACCUGCCCACGGCGGCGGGCCCGGCCCGCCCGUCCAGGGACCAGUGGCGGACGCCUGCCGCGGCAGGCCCGGCCCGCCCGUCCCGGAACCAGUGGCGGACGUCUGCCCGCCCGUCCUGGGACCCGUGGCUGUCCCGGCCCGCCCGUCCCGGGACCAGUGA